AUGGAGCUCAAAAGUUCAAGGGUUUACUUACACAGGAGCACUCAGCAAAAUUAAGAUGACUCAACCAGAGGUGUGAAUUAAUAUACUCCGGGCGAAGUGCGUUAAGCUCUGGUUUGGAGCAACUGCUUUGUCAACGCUAUGAAGUCCAAGAGAUGGCAUCAGCACAAGGAUUGUUCCCAUGGAAAGUAAUGCUUCAUAGGGAGAAAGAACAAGAAACACAAGAAGAGGAACGUUUGAUGGAAGAAAAGAAAAAGAAAAAGCAGGAAGAAAAGAAAAAGAAGGAAGGUGCUCAGAAAAAGGCUGCUGAACAAAAAACCAAAGGCUGGAGACAUCAACAAAAGAGGUCACUUUGUGGUCCUGGUCCUGGUCCUGGUCCUUCAGUGCCAGAAUCUAUUAAGACCAGUUUAAGCCAGCCCCAACCUGCCGGUACCGGUACCAGUACUUCCACCAGCACUAUUACCAACAGCAGCAAUGGCAAGCGUGCAUCUGCUAAUGGGCAGCAGCCAGCUGCAUCCCGUUACCUGCCUCGUGAGGUGCCUCCACGCUUCCGCCAGCAAGAACAGAAGCAGCUCUUAAAGAGAGGUCAGCCACUGCCUACUGGGACCCUGACCAGCGCAAGCCCAGUACAAGGUACUGGACAAGCAGGGGCAAGUCCUCCUCCUCAGCAAGGAGCAGGUGGACAGCAUCAUCCCAGUAAGACCCAAUCAGAUCUCAGUCACAGUGGAUUGGGAGACCAUUAUGAAAAUUCCCACUGGGGACAGCAGCCCACUUUCAGAAGUGAAGGCAACUGCAGUUGGGAUAAAGUGAUAAUAGACAGGACUGACAAGGAGGCGUGGCCUUCCAUUACAGGAACUGAGACUGAAUCUGCCUCAGAAUGUACUACAGACACUGACUCUGCCUCCAACUGUGGCUCAGAGAACAGUAGCAUGGCUACAGGGAGUGCCCAAGGCAACUUCACUGGACAUACAAAGAAAACUAAUGGCAAUAACGGCGCCAAUGGAGCACUCAUCCAAAGCACUUCUAACCAGAGUGCCCUUGGAGCUGGUGGAGCAAAUGGUAAUGGAAACUCAGCCAGAGUAUGGGGUGUGGCCACAGGCUCCAGCUCUAGCCUAGCUCACUGCUCUGCCAGUGGUGGGGAUGGAAAGAUGGACAACAUGAUUGGAGAUGGUAGAAGUCCAAACUGCUGGGGUGCUUCCAACUCAAAUGCUGGCAUUAAUCUUAACCUUAACCCUAAUGCCAAUCCAGCUGCCUGGCCUGUACUCGGACAUGAAGGAACUGUGGGAGCAGGCAACCCUUCCAGUAUUUGCAGUCCAGUCAGUGCCAUAGGUCAAAACAUGGGCAACCAGAAUGGGAACCCAACAGGCACCUUAGGUGCUUGGGGAAAUUUGCUGCCGCAAGAGAGCACAGAACCACAAACGUCCACUUCUCAGAAUGUGUCUUUCAGCGUACAACCUCAGAACCUUAACACUGAUGGACCAAAUAACACUAACCCCAUGAACUCUUCACCAAACCCUAUCAAUGCAAUGCAGACAAAUGGACUGCCGAACUGGGGGAUGGCUGUUGGUAUGGGGGCCAUCAUCCCGCCCCACCUGCAAGGCCUUCCUGGUGCUAAUGGAACAUCAGUUUCUCAAGUCAGUGGGGGCAAUGGUGAAGGAAUGGGCAAUUCAGUGUGGGGGAUAUCCCCAGGUAAUCCUGCCGCAGGAAACAGCAAUUCUGGGUUCAGUCAGGGGAAUGGAGACACUGUGAACUCAGCAUUAAGUGCUAAACAAAAUGGAUCCAGCAACGCUGUGCAAAAGGAAGGAAAUGGAGCAAGUGCAUGGGAUUCAGGACCUCCAGCAGGUCCUGGGGUACUAGCAUGGGGCAGGGGCAGUGGCAACAGUGGUGUUGGUAGUAUGCAUUCUGGAGCUUGGGGCCACCCCAACCGUAACACCAGUAAUGGUGUUAAUGGUGAAUGGGGCAAGCCCCCAAACCAGCAUUCCAAUAGUGACAUCAGUGGGAAAGGAUCAACAGGGUGGGAUAGCCCUAGUGUUACCAGCCAGAAUCCUGCCAUGCAGCAGGGCAAUGAACAAAUGAACUCUUGGGCCAAAGCUGCAGCAUCUGGCACCACAGCUAGUGAAGGAAGUAAUGAUAGUGGUGGAUGUCAAAAUGAAGGCAGUACUGGGAGAGAAGGAGCUGGAGAGGGCCGAAGGAGAGACAAAGGGAUGAUAGACCAAGGGCAAGUCCAGUUGCCAAGGAAUGACCUUGACCCAAGGGUCCUGUCCAAUACUGGGUGGGGACAGACUCCGGUAAAGCAAAACACUGCCUGGGAAUUUGAAGAAUCCCCAAGGUCUGAACGAAAGAAUGACAAUGGGACGGAGGCCUGGGGUUGUGCAGCUACUCAGUCUUCAAACUCAGGGGGGAAGAAUGAUGGGUCCAUCAUGAACAGUACAAAUACCUCUUCAGUAUCUGGGUGGGUCAGCUCUCCACCUGCAGCUGUUCCAACAAAUACAGGUUGGGGAGACAACAACAACAAAGCACCAAAUGGCCCAGGGGGAUGGGGAGAAUCAGCAAGCUCUACUGCUGUCAAUAAUGCUGCUGCUGCCAAAAGCGGCCACGCUUGGAGUGGGACCGCAAAUCAGGAGGACAAAUCACCUACCUGGGGUGAACCUCAGAAACCCAAAUCUCAAAAUUGGGGAGAUGGACAGAAAUCAAAUCCAAGCUGGACUUCAGGAGGUGGAGAUUGGGCAGAUUCAUCAUCUGUCCCUGGACACAUGGGUGAUGGGAAAAAGAAUGGAUCGGGAUGGGAUGCUGACAAUAGAUCAGGGUCUGGUUGGAAUGAUACUACAAGGUCUGGGACCAGUGGAUGGGGAAAUGGCACAAACACCAAGGCUAAUACAGGUACAAGUUGGGGGGAAUCAUUAAAACCUAGCCCCCAGCAAAACUGGGCUAAUAAACCCCAGGAUAACAAUGUGAGUUCCUGGGGAGGAGCUGCUUCUGUUAAACAGACUGGGUCAGGAUGGGUUGGUGGGCCAGUGCCAGCCAAACAAAAAGAUAACAGUGAGGCAACUGGCUGGGAAGAGCCUUCGCCACCAUCCAUUCGCCGCAAGAUGGAAAUUGAUGAUGGUACCUCAGCUUGGGGCGACCCUAACUACAACAACAACAAGACUGUAAACAUGUGGGAUAGAAACAACCCUAUAAUUCAGAGCAGUACCACCACCACUACCACCACCACUACCACCAUUAUCAACACCAAUAUGGCUGAACCUCAGCCACUGCACCAGUCAAGUGCCCAGCCCAACCGGUCCCCACUGCUUGGUCCAGCAGGCUGGGGAGAGAUGCCUGCUGUCCACACAAAGACUGACGCUUCUUGGGGAGAGCCCUCAUCCCCUUCUGCUGCAGUUGAUAAUGGCACUUCAGCAUGGGGGAAACCCCCCAGCAGUGGUGCGGGGUGGGGAGAUAAUUCUGCCGAGUCGGCAGGGACAUAUGGAAGAACAAGUGCUCCAGCUGCUGCCCCAGCACUGUGCAAACCAGCUUCAAAAUCUAUGCAAGAAGGCUGGGGCAGUGGUGGGGAUGAAGUGAAUCUCAGUACUAGUCAGUGGGAAGAUGAAGAAGGAGAUAUGUGGAAUAAUACUGCUUCACAAGAGAGCAAUUCCUCCUGUAAUUCCUGGGGGAAUGCCCCGAAGAAAGGACUUCCAAAGGGCAUGAAGACAUCUAGCAAGCAAGAUGAGGCCUGGAUAAUGAACCGUCUGAUAAAACAGCUCACAGACAUGGGCUUCCCAAGAGAACCAGCAGAAGAGGCCUUGAAAAGCAACAAUAUGAAUCUUGAUCAGGCCAUGAGUGCUCUGCUGGAAAAGAAGGUGGAAAUGGACAAGCGUGGAAUGGGAGUGACCGAUUAUAAUGGAAUGGUCACCAAACCCCUUGGCUGCCGCCCACCACCAAUCUCCAAAGAGUCUUCCAUGGACCGCCCCACUUUCCUUGACAAGGAUGGCGGCCUAGUGGAAGAGCCCACUACUUCACCAUUUUUGCCUUCACCAAGCCUGAAGCUCCCCCUUUCAAACAGUGCACUCCCUAAUCAGGCCCUGGGCGGGAUUGCCUCAGGGCUGGGCAUGCAAAACUUGAAUUCUUCUAGACAGAUACCAAGUGGCAAUCUGGGUAUGUUUGGCAAUAGCGGAGCAGCACAAGCCAGGACCAUGCAACAGCCGCAGCAACCGCCAGUGCAACCUCUUAACUCAUCCCAGCCUAGUCUUCGUGCUCAAGUGCCUCAGUUUCUAUCCCCUCAGGUUCAAGCACAGCUUUUGCAGUUUGCAGCAAAAAACAUUGGUCUCAACCCUGCACUAUUAACCUCGCCAAUUAAUCCUCAGCAUAUGACGAUGUUGAACCAGCUCUAUCAGCUGCAGCUGGCGUACCAACGUUUACAAAUCCAGCAGCAGAUGUUACAGGCUCAGCGUAAUGUUUCCGGACCCAUGAGACAGCAGGAGCAGCAAGUUGCACGUACAAUCAAUAACAUGCAGCAGCAGAUCCAGCAGCACCAGCGCCAGCUGGCCCAGGCACUGCUCAUGAAGCAGCAGCCUCCCACUCCACAUCUAUCUUUGCACCCCUCUGCAGGCAAAUCAGCCAUGGAUAGCUUUUCACCCCAUUCCCAGGCUCCCAGCCUCCCUGACCUGCAGACCAAAGAGCAGCAGUCUUCACCGAACACCUUUGCUCCUUACCCUCUUGCUGGACUGAACCCGAAUAUGAAUGUAAACAGCAUGGACAUUACUGGUGGUUUGUCAGUGAAGGAUACUUCUCAGUCCCAGUCUCGCCUUCCACAGUGGACACACCCCAACUCGAUGGAUAAUCUGUCCAGUGCUGCUUCUUCACUUGACCAGAACUCUAGCAAGCAUGGUGCUAUCCCUGGAGGUCUAAGUAUUGGUCCCCCGGGAAAGUCCUCCAUUGAUGACUCUUAUGGCCGGUACGAUCUGAUCCAAAACAGCGAGUCACCAGCCAGUCCACCUGUAGCCCUUCCUCAUAGUUGGUCACGUGCCAAAUCUGAUAGCGAUAAAAUCUCCAAUGGCUCCAGCAUUAAUUGGCCACCAGAAUUUCAUCCAGGGGUGCCAUGGAAAGGACUGCAGAAUAUUGACCCCGAGAAUGAUCCUGAUGUCACUCCUGGAAGUGUUCCCACUGGGCCUACCAUUAAUACCACCAUACAAGAUGUUAAUCGCUAUCUUCUCAAGAGUGGAGGGUCAUCCCCAACAUCAUCUCAGAAUGCCACGCUGCCUUCAUCGAGUGCCUGGCCGCUUAGUGCCUCCGGCUACAGUAGCUCUUUCAGCAGCAUUGCAUCUGCACCUAGCAUUGCAGGUAAAUUGUCAGACAUCAAGUCUACAUGGUCGUCUGGCCCAAUCUCUCACACACAGGCCUCUCUAUCCCAUGAACUUUGGAAGGUACCCAGAAACACUACUGCUCCUACAAGACCACCUCCAGGCUUAACGAACACCAAGCCAUCAUCUACCUGGGGUGCCAGCCCACUGGGUUGGACCAGCUCUUAUUCCUCUGGUUCUGCAUGGAGUACUGACAACUCAGGAAGAACAAGCAGCUGGCUGGUUCUCCGAAACCUCACACCCCAAAUUGAUGGUUCUACACUGCGGACACUGUGUUUGCAACAUGGCCCUCUAAUUACAUUCCACCUGAACCUGACUCAAGGGAACGCUGUGGUCCGAUACAGUUCCAAGGAAGAAGCAGCCAAGGCCCAGAAGUCUCUGCAUAUGUGUGUUUUAGGAAACACUACCAUCUUGGCUGAGUUUGCUGGUGAAGAAGAAGUAAACCGUUUCUUAGCACAAGGCCAGCCACUGCCACCCACCUCCAGUUGGCAGUCCAACACUGGAACCAAUCAGACUCGCUUGGGCUCUACAAGCAGCUCUCAUGGAUUGGUGCGGAAUGAUGCAGGCCACUGGAAUACUCCUUGCCUGAGUAGCAAAGGGAGCAGCGAUCUGCUUUGGGGUGGGGUCCCUCAGUACUCAAGCAGCCUUUGGGGGCCCCCAAGCACCGACGAUGGCAGGGUUAUUGGAAGCCCAACACCUUUGAAUACCCUGCUCCCAGGUGAUCUUCUCAGCGGGGAGUCUAUCUAGAAAACAAAAGAAACAAAAUGGAAAAAACAAUCAUCAGCACUAAAGGAAAAAAUUGUAACCCUUUCCAGUCCAGGGCUUCACGAAGAAUCCAGCUUUAACAGAUCAGACUGGCAGCCCUUUUUAGUACCUCUGUCCAAUAUCAAACAUGAAACUGCAGAAGUCCUUGUGAACUGUUAAUGAAACAGUAUGGGCUACAUUUGGUCAGUGUCACAUGCUAAUGACAGGUUUUAUUUUUUCAUGGCUUUUUAUUUUAUGUUGUCUUUUUAUGUUUGUAUGGUGUUUUUAAACAAAAGUAUAAAAGCUGCUUAGAAUAGGUCUAUCAUGAAGGGCACUUUUCAGAAAUUUGGGCUGGAAAGGGUUAUUUUAUCAACUUUGAGGGGAGGGGGGAAAUGAAAGCCUAUUUAAAAUGAGCCUGUGACUAUUAUGCACAUUACCAGAGGCGGACCCAGUAAUCAGAAGGGGGAGGAGUGUGAUAUUUAUCAUUGGUACAGAAAAGUAAUGAAUCUGAAUGGUAACUAUUGACUGUACAGACUGAAUUGGGGGGUGGGGGGUGGGGAAUCUCUGUGUCCACUACUCCCAUGGAUCUGCCUAUGCACAUUACCCUUGUUUCAUUACUUUGUCAUGUAAUUUUUUUUUAAUCCCAAAAAUAUAAAAAGUUAAAAAAAAAAACAUAUCAAACAUGCAAAUACUUGAAUCCAGCAGGCCAAUAACAAAAUGUGAACACUUUCUAAGUCUAAUUAUUACACUUCCAGGUUGGCAUCCAUACACAAAAAACAGGCUCUAGGAAUUUUUUUUAAGUUCAUACUAUAUGUUUGUGUUGGAACAGAUGUGCAUGUAUGAGUGUGCUUGUGUGUGUGUGUGCGUGCGUGCCCGUGGGACUUAACAAAAAGUGUGAAUUUUUUUUUCCCCUUUAUUCAGUAUAUGCUUUUUAUUUGCUCAUUGGUCAAAUGUUUAAUUGUUAUUAGCUUCUAACUUUGCACUGAGUGUCCGCAGCCCUUCUUGUAGCUAAUUCUAUACAUUAAAAAAAAAAAAAGAAAAAGAAAAAAAAAAGAAAUUGAUAGGAGGGGCCGGCGACAAUUCAUGUGUAAAUGUUUACUCAAGGACUCUUAUCGCAUUUUAAAAUUACAGUGUGUAUCUCUGGAGAAUAAUAUGUAUAUCUACCUUUAGCAGCUUUUUAUUGUGGACUAAUGCAAGAAAAUUAUUACCGGAGUAUUGCACCAUUUUUCCAUUCGGAAUAUAAAGAUUAAAAAAAUACUCUUGUUGAACUGUGGCCAUAGAUACUUGUAAAGAGUGGAUAGUUCCCCUGCAAGCAGGAACAGAAACAAGCACUUGGACAUAGGUUUUGACUGCUUUUGGAGGGGCCAGCAGUUUUGGCUCCCACCUGUUUACAGACCUUUUUUUUUCUCCUUCAACCUUUAAAAUAAAAAAGGAAUUAAAAAAAAAAAAGAAAAAAAAAAAGACUUCCAUCGUAAAGAAACCUAUUUUCAGAAUGAAGAUAUGCUACUUCAGAGCUCUGGGAUUGAACAGUGUUGUUGUAUUAUCCUUUUCUUUGGCCAUUGCUGUGUACUAUUUUUUGUUGUUGUUUUUCCUCCUCUUCGUCAAAGUGGCGAAAACUUUGUGAUCACUAUCUUGCACAUGGUGGAAGAUGUCUCAGGAAAGCCGGGUUUCCCGAGGAGCAACUCCACACCAUUUCAUGUAUUUUUAAAACCCAACUCCUAGCACUGAAGAUAUUAUUAAAAAAACAAAAUUAAAAAAAAAAACAAAAUAAGAGACAGUAAGAAAGAAGAAAAUACCUAAUCUAAUGUGUAGCAGUUACAUAUUUACCAAAUAAUGGACUCAAAAGAAAUAGAUGUUUGAAGAGUGCUUUAUAUAUUAAAAAUUGCUUUAUGUUUAAAGAUCAAUGUUUUUGAUUGUUUUGAAAGGAAGAAAGACAAUGGAAUAACAUACCCUUCAAGUAUGUUUUAAAAAAUUAUAUGAACAUUGUGCUCCCUGCCUGCUUGGAUCAGGAAACUUGUGCAUUACAUUUUUUUUGGAAGAUUAGCUUUUUAAUGGUUUUAUCAGAUAAAAAGGGUCCUGCAAGAAUGCAAAUCAACAAAAGCUGGUUUUAUAGAGGAUCAUGAACUAUGCACAAACUGGGUUCAAGACUUGUUUUUUUUUCUCAAGUUUUAGUAGUGUAUUUAGCUGAAUAACCUUUCCUCAGAGUAAUUGCAUCUCAUUGCCAUUACACGCAUUCUACAUAUAUAUUUUAUAUAUAUAUAUAUAUACACACACACACACCUAUAUAAAAUAUGUAUGUGUGUAUGUGCGUGUUUACAUACAGUGCAUACAAUUUUCCAUGCUGAAGUUUAGCAUUGAGUUGUAGAAAAACUCCUGAUAUUUUAAAAUUGGGGAUGGAAGUUAAAGUUUCUGUUUAAUUUUUUGCCUUUAAUUUUGAAUUAAAGAUGUCUGUAACUCUGAGAUUAAAAAAAAACACAAAAAAACAUUUGUGGCUUUUAAUGUUAUUUCUCCUCAUAGAAUGUGAUUGUUAAAGAACAUGCACCGAAAGUUGCUUUCAAGAGUACGAAGAUUCUUUGAAACUUAAUAAAUUGCAGUUUUUUCUUCGCUGUUCAAA